AAUCGGUAACAGUUGCAUAAUGCUCCAGAUUGUGGCAAGUGGCUUAUGCGGGGAGCUUCCUCUUGGCUUUUUUUUCUUUCACACAGCCAGGCCUUACCUGUUGCAUGGCAUAGAGACCCCCAAAAACAUAUUCUCAAAAUGGUGGUUAGUAAUUAGUACGGAAAAGAUGUCAUGAGACAGUGAGUUUAAGCUGUCAAAUAGCGUUGUCUAUUUUCAAUAAGGGGGCCAUGAUGUUGAAAGAAACUUAAAAAAUGUAGAUAUGAAGAGAUCUACAGAUCGUUUUUGUUACUUUCUUUAAGUUUGUUGCUACUUGUUAGUAUCCGUAUCAGCUUACUAGGAGUUUGAAAGAGAUGGGGAAGACGGGCAAAUGGCUUAGAAACUUGUUGACCGGUAAGAAAGACAAGGAAAAAGAGAAGGAAAAAUCUACAUCUAACCUGAAUUUUGCUUCAAAUGGAACAGAAAACUCAGCCACUCCAACUUCCACAACCCCAAAGGAGAAAAAGAGAUGGAGUUUCAGAAGAUCAUCAGCCACUUCCACAGCCACACUAGUAUCAGUUUCCAAGGAAUUGAAUUUUGUAGAACCAACUGUCACUGCUUCGCAGACAGUGCAAGCUGACACGGAUGAUCAGAAUGAGCAAAGGAAGCAUGCCAUGGCUGUGGCUGCUGCCACCGCAGCAGCAGCUGAUGCUGCGGUGGCAGCUGCUGAGGCUGUAGCUGUUGUGAUCCGUUUGACUUCUGCUUCCAAUGCAACAUCUAAAAGCAUUAAAGAGGCUGCUGCCAUUAAAAUCCAAUCAGUCUUUCGGUCUCAUUUGGCAAGGAAAGCAUUGUGCGCUCUAAGAGGACUGGUGAAGUUGCAGGCACUGGUAAGGGGUCAUUUGGUGAGAAAACAGGCCAAGGAAACACUGAGAUGCAUGCAGGCUUUGGUGACGGCACAAGCUAGAGCUCGUAUUCAGAGGAUCCGAAUGGGUUCAGAAGGAAUUCCUAAUCAACAACAAAGAAAAGCCACAGAUGAUGAUCUGUUCAGGCAAAUAUAUAAUGAAAUGGAGAGAGGCUUGGAAGACAAUAUCAAGAUUGUUGAGAUGGAUGUGGGUGAAACAAAAAGUGAUUGCAGAAGUAGAAGCAGCAGUGUAUAUCAUCAUGGGCAUCAAGAACAGCAUGACCAUAGAUUUUCCACACAUUAUUCAACAAAUGGUUUCUACUCAAAGGAAGAAAACUACAAGGUGUCACCAGCUCCAUCAGCAUUGACAGAGUUGAGCACAAGAGAAUGCAGUGGCCAUUUUGAGGACUGUUUCAGCACAGCCCAAAGCAGCCCUCAGUUCCACUCUGCUGUGUCAAGAACAGAAAAUUCAAAGCACCUUUUUUCUUUUCCAAGGCCAGCUUAUGCAGAGUCUAUGUGCGAUGACUACCCUCUGUUUCCAAAUUACAUGGCUAACACUGAAUCAUCAAGGGCCAAAGUCAGAUCGCAUAGUGCACCGAAACAAAGACCCGAUUCAUUUGAGAGGCAACCAAGCCGCCGAAGAGCUUCAGUAGAGGGAAGAAAUGUCCCAAGGCCAAUUAGGAUGCAAAGGUCAUCUUCACAUGUGAGUGCCACUGCUCAAAACUAUCAAUAUCCUUGGUCAAUCAAGCUUGACAGAUCCGCAGUUUCACUCAAAGACAGCGAGUGUGGCUCUGCAAGUACAGUGCUCACUAACACUAAUUAUUGCAGAUCUCUUGUUGCAUUUGACCCACGUGGAGAUAGGUACUGAUGACUUAGCAUGAACCUUGUCUUAAAUCAAAUAAAAGACAGUUUGCAAGAUCACCAAGUCUAGACUUACGAGUUUCAGUUUGCUGAGUUUUUCCUUCUUUUGAUUUCAAACAAACUAAAUAAUAACUUCGCUUUUGCAGUAGAGUUGUUGUGAGAGAUUUAUUGCUGUCCAAUGGUUGUAGAGUUUCUCCUUCUAUCCAUUGUGUGCCAUGUUUCUGGAUUACUUUGUAAUAAAACGUUGUAACAAUUCACAGACUGUGUAAAUUUACCAAGUAAGAUGAUGAUAGAUAUGUUAGUGUUGAGUUUU